CGAAAAAAAACCAAAGGAAAGAAAGUGAGAUAAUGUGGGAAAAGGACCAGAGUUCCUUAAGUAUGUACUAGAUAACCUAUCUAGUCCUACCGCUGUUAGCAGUGUUAAGUUAAACGCCAAGUUUUGUUGAAACUUACAUACCUUCGUAACCCAAGGACCAAAUAGAAAAGUGAAGGAGGUAGACUGAUUGUUCAGUUUUCAUUCAUUUUAAUGUUUCCAAUUAUACUUGGAAUCAAGUCUGGAUUUUAGUGAUCAGUCUUACUUCAUUCUACCAAUUGUUGAAAAGAAGUACCUGGAAUAGUGUUCAGUAACCAGAAUGCUGCAUUCCUAAUUUUUAAGAUUUACUUGACUACAUCACAUAUGGGUGUAUUCCAACAGAACAAAAAUGGUGCCAAAGAAGAGCCACAAGAACAAGUGGUAUGUGACAAGCCCAAAUUGUGCAGUAUCACUUCAAACUUUAUUUUCCAGUUCCAUUUGUUUGGUACCAGUUAACUUCAAACAUUAGUGGACUUUUUAUUGUUUGCUUCUCGCAUUUUCUUAGAGGAAUCUAAAAGGUGCAGUUUUGUUUCUAUUCUUACUGUGCCAGUAAAUAGAUGCCUUAAACCUUUUAGUCACACUCUAGUGUACAAAAAUGAUAUUUAUAGUCACUUUGUGUGGCCUUAUUUUAACUGCAAUAAUACUUUUUAACCGAGCCAAAAAAACUGUGCUAAACCCAAAGAACUUGCAAUUUGAAAAACUUCAGCGUAGUUAUCUGACUGUAUAUUGUUUAGCGACUUUCUCAGAUUGGCUACAAGGACCGUAUGUUUACAAGCUGUACAGUGACUAUGGAUAUGAAGAAGAGGAGAUUGCAGUGCUGUAUAUCGCAGGCUUUGCUUCUAGUUCUCUUUUUGGAACUUUUGUUGGUCACGUGGCUGACAAAUAUGGCAGAAAAAUGUUGUGCAUUUCAUUUGGAUUUUUUUACUCGCUGUGCUGUUUGACCAAGAUAUCAUCUGAAUUUUAUGUACUUCUGUUUGGUCGUGUAUUUAGGAGGAAUUUCAACCUCAAUACUCUUCUCCACAUUCGAGGCUUGGUACAUCAAUGAGCAUGUCAACCAUCUCGGUCUGAAUUCGGAUUGGCUGAACAAUACACUCAGCAAGGCCGGUUUCUACACAGGAUUCUUAGCAAUUUUAGCUGGAAUUAUCUCACAGAUCUUUGCUGAAACCUUCAAUUUCGGUCCCCAGUCUCCAUUUAUACUUGCAAUCCCAUUUUUGCUGACUUCAAGCUAUCUCAUCUACAAAACCUGGACGGAGCAUUCCCACCCCCACUUAUCUACCCAUCACAGAUUCAUCGCUCCACUUUAUCUAAUAUUUUUUCAGGAUCCUAUGUUAUUGAUCUUGGGUCUUAUUCAAUCCCUAUUUGAAGCAGUUAUGUACACUUUUAUAUUUUCUUGGACACCUAUUAUUUCCGAGUUGAACCCUCCUCUGGGGAUAGUGUUUGCCAGCUUCAUGCUAGCGUUCAUGAUAGGCUCCAAUAUAUACAGCUUGCUAUUGUCUGACCGUCUACGUCCUCAACUGAUUCUUGUUCUGACGUCUGGCCUCUCAUUCUUCUCUCUUGGAACUGUAGCAGUAGUGAUCUCUUACAUUCUGUACACCAAUGAAUUCACCACUUUGCUCACUAAGGUCUGCUUUAUAUGCUUCAUACUGUAUGAAAUCAGUGUUGGAUUAUAUAUUCCCGUCAUUGGGUACCUGAAAGGAUUAGUCGUACCGGAGGAAUACAGAGCUAGCAUUUCCAACUGGUUCCGUGUGCCAAUGAAUAUUUUUACAUGCAUAAGCUUAACUUUAAAUCAAGUAAGUGAGUUGGAUGUGAAAGCAUUUUCACCUUCUGUUAUAGUUUUCAAAAAGUUUCAGUUCAUAUAUUUACUUUGCUCUAUAUUUUUAUUAUUAACCACUGUAGCUAGUGUUAUCUUCAAACAAAGAUACACUAGAAGAUAUUCUAUGGAAGAAUCUUAUAAAGUACCCAUAGGUAUCGUAGAAGAUGAUGACUCUCUAAAAGAAAAGUCUAUUUCAUCUUGAUACUGCUAAAACAUUUUGCUGAUUAUUUGUAGACUGAAACUAUUUCUAGUUCUUAUUAUUGUGAUAAUUCAAAGACUAUGUUGUUAUUACAAAGUUUAUAUUUGUUAAUUUUCAUAGCCUAAGAUUAAGGUAUAACAUGUAAGUUUUAUAAAAAUAAAUAUGUUAUAAAAUUCUAACUAAGUCAUUCUUGGCAUAAACUCAACCAUGACUGUGAUUAUACGAGUGAUCUGUAAUUCAAUAGAAAUGUUUGUACACUUGAAUAUUGUUAUAGUCUGUUAUUUUAAAUGAAAUUAAUUUUUACUAUAGCAGUAUUAUUUCUUACUUAGUAUGUAUGUUGUAUAUGUAACUUAGAACUUGCAGUUUUUUAGAAUUUGAAGUUUUAUUCGAACAAAUGCUGAAUAAAGAGGUUGUUCCCACAAAA